AUGUCCACCAAUCAACACACCACAACGAAUAUCAACAACACCAUGAAAGAAAACAAAAAGAAUGCCUCUACCCAGACAACACUCUCCGGAUCUCAUCCAUCGACGUCACUCAAUCAGGUCCUCUCCGAGUUCCACCACUCAAAAUGCAUCCGUGAGCGAGAGGCAUUAGAACGCUUGAUGCGCAGAUACGAGACUGGCCGACAACGCAACCUCCGGAUGGUUCGGGAAUUCGAGAACUCGCUGAUCUGA